ACUGAAUAAUAUUAUCGCAUGAAUGAAAAAUUUAAAAAAUAUGUUUUUUAAGUAGAGUAUUCAAUAUACAAAUAUAUAAAUUCCUUAAAAAUUUACUUUUUUGAGUUAUGACACUAUUAAUGUAAAUGAGCCACAUGUAUAUUCCAAACUUAUAGAAAAUGAUAUCCAAUUAUUAUUUAUUAUAUUUGUUAUGUUAUUCAUUUGGAUAACAGAAAACGAUAUGAGAACAGUAAAUAUGUUCAAUUUAUCGAAAGUUUAAAAUAUACGAUUUCAUUUUAUCGAUGCAUAUAUUCGAUCGCUUACUAUUUUAUGAAGUUACUUAUUAUUAGUAAACAAUAUUUACAGAAUGUAUUUUGAUCAGUAUUGUCUGUUAUGUUUAGAAAAAGUGAGUCCAACUAACAACAGCAUAAAUAUCAAUAGCGAUGACUCGGAAUCGGUAAAUAUGUGGAAUAUAAUUGAACAACAUUUCAAGGAAGAGAUCUUCACGAUGCCAACAUUAUCAAAUCAAAUUGUGUGUAAAAAAUGUUGGGAAUUGUUGAAGUCAUUUCAUGAAUUUUAUAAUCAAGUAACACAGGCACAUCUGCAAGCACGCCACAAACUCAAGGCUUUGCAAGAGUUGGAAAUAACGGUUACAGACAUUAAAGAGGAACCGGAUGCUGUAGACAAAUUGGCUUUGCAAGAGUUGGCGGAAAUAACGGUUACAGAAGUUAAAGUGGAACCGGAUGUUGUUGACACAUUGGCUUCAUCACCAGUCGUAAGUAAAACAACAAAUAUAUAUACAUACAUAUACUCUUAUACUUAUAUCGUUCGUCGUUUUACGAAUUUGUACUAUAUCAAUUUUUUUACGAAAUUGGGGUUUUUACACUUACCGUGAUGAAAUAUUACCAAAACCAACAAAGAAUCCAUACAAUCCUUACACAAAAGAUAGCUUCAAAUGAAAUGACUAUAAAUCAGUAUUUCAGACCGAAAUUAGCGACGUAACAGAUUGUUCGAAUUAGGCUUCUGCUCUAACCUCAAAUCCAUAAACAUUCUAGUGAAUAGCCAAGUGGCAAUUAAGGCAACUCUUAUUGCCAGUACUAAGACUGAUUGCGUUUGGUUAUGUUUUUUUUUUGGUUACGCUUUUCUGAGACUACCCGUGAACGUAUUAAUGAGUACUA